ACAUUCUAGUUUAACUAAAUGCCGCACAUAGCGCUGCAGUUACCAACGUGGGGACUCGCAGCGCCACUUUCAGAACACCGUCGGCCAGCCAAUGAGGGCCAAGCAAGGCGGCGGCCAACCAGUGAUAAGUGCAGAUAAGUGCGACGAAAUUUUACAACAAAGAAAAAUAAAUCAUCUGUAGAAUAUAAACUAUCCUGACAUCUAAUGAAUGUGAUUCACUUCACCUUAUCCGGCCAUGCCUCAGUUAGGAGUAUAAACUAAUCAUGAAACAUCUUUCUACAGAGUUCUGUAAACAUUCUGAAUUCAUUGUCUAAACAAUAGAGUUCAGAGAUAAUUAGUUUUCAUAUUACUCAAAAAUGGAUCUCGAAUUCAUAAAAUUCAAGUGUUAUGUUUUCAACUGACUAGUGUUAUUAAUGUCGUAUGACUGUUCUUUACAAAAUGGCAUCAUCGAACAAUUCGAUUGCCAGCGGUUUCGAAGAGGAUUGCAAUAAAUUGAUAUUUCGUUUCGAAAGUCUGAAUAAUCUCCGGUACAAAGGAUUCUGUGAGAUCUGGAGAGAUAUGCAAUUUUCUUUGGUUUUUACUUGCAGGCAAUCGUUUGGCGAAUUGGUUAAAUUCUGUGAAGAAGCAUUGCUUAUAGCAAAAAAAUUCAUUCUUCCCCCACGUUCAUUCAAAGAACGCGUCGGUGGGCUCUACCUCCUUUACGGUAUUUAUUUUAAAAUGCCUAUCGUUGAUGUGAGGAUAAGGGUGACACUUGAAGAUUGGAAACAUAUCAUGAAACUCAGAAAGUUUCUAAGAGAGGGGGAACACCAUGAUGCCAAUUAUAUACUUUCAAAAUUAAUCAUCGAACGUGCAUUUAUUCACUGUGUUUUUGAUCAAGAGUAUGCUUUAGAAAAGGACCAUCACCUAAAAGAUUACAAACAUAAAAAAACGCAUUCCGUGUUGCCUGCAAUUAAAGCCCUGACCGAAAGUCAUGAACUUCUUGAACGAAUGGACAAACUAAGUAAAGUAUAUCAACAGAAGAAGUGUGCAUUGUCUAAUGAUACUAAACCUGAACGUGGUUUAGAUUUAUAUAAUGAGAACAUUGGUGAGACUAUUAUUAAGGAUAUUAAUACUUUUGAGGAAGAAAUAAGACGCUUAGAAGAUUCUGAUAAUCCUAGCAAGAAACCUCAAGCUAUAGAAACGCAAUCAAUCAAUUUACAAUCGAAGCUUGAGUCAAAGAAUUGUCCGAAUAAACCGAAAUGUUCGGUCACUGGCAGUAAGAUUCGAGCACAUGUUGGGGACGGCUUCGAUAGUGAUUCUUUAGAAGAGUCCUUCACCUGUGAACCUAUGGAGGAAUAUGACCCUAAUUUGCCAGGAAAUUUUGAAGAUUCUUCUGAAGAGUCAAUGUAAAAAAAUGAAUAUUUACUUCCAGUAUUAACACGGAAUUUCAAUCGUGUAAAUAAGUUAUUUAUUUCAAUCACUGUUUAAAGUCACCAGUGUUAAUGUACGUGCAACAUGUAUUUACUUUGUAAUGGGCAUAUAACCACGCAUUGUCAUUAGUGUGGUACUGCCUGAAAUUAAGUCCUUGAGUACAGAAAGUGCCAAUACUUUGUAAUAUAAAUUCACGAUGGACAAUGCGUUCACAUAUAACGGAUCCAAGUUCAAUUCUUGGAAUAAUUUUAAUACAUAUCAGAAUUUUU